CAGGGUUCCGCCCUAACCGAGCUGGAGCGGGUGGCGGCCACCAUGGCGGCGGCGGCGGGGGGCCCGGGCAGCGGCGGUGAGGACGGUGAUGUCCCCGCCGCCACCCGCCUGCAGGCCUACGCCUGGUGCCGCGAGUUCCUGGCCGGCUCCUGGAAGCUCAUCGGCCCCGACGAGUUCGGCAUCUGGCCCGUCAGCGGGGGGCUCAGUAACCUGCUGUACAGCGGGGGGCUCAGUAACCUGCUGUACAAGUGCGCGCUGCCCGAGCACGUGCCGAGCGUGGGGGACGAGCCCCGGCAGGUUCUGCUGCGCGUCUAUGGGGCCAUCCUGCAGGGCGUGGACUCGCUGGUGCUGGAGAGCGUCAUGUUCGCCAUCCUGGCCGAGCGCGCGCUGGGGCCGCGCCUGUUCGGGGUGUUCCCGCAGGGCCGGCUGGAGCAGUACAUCCCGAGCCGGCGGCUGCGCACCGAGGAGCUGCGGGAGCCGCGCGUCUCCGCCGAGAUCGCCGUCACCAUGGCGCGCUUCCACGGCAUGGCCAUGCCCUUCAACAAGGAGCCCAAGUGGCUCUUCGGGACCAUGGAGGGGUACCUGCGGCAGAUCUCGGAGCUGACCUUCUCGGAGCCGGAGCAGCUGCAGCAGCUGGAGCAGCUCCGGGGUUACAACCUGGAGCAGGAGAUGAGGAGCCUCAGGGACCUGCUGGAGGCCACCCCGUCCCCGGUGGUCUUCUGCCACAACGACGUGCAGGAGGGGAACAUCCUGCUGCUGGCGGGGCGCGAGGGCUCCUCGGACAGCCUCAUGCUCAUCGACUUCGAGUACAGCAGCUACAACUACCGGGGCUUUGACCUGGGCAAUCACUUCUGCGAGUGGGUUUACAGCUACGGCGCCCAAGCCUGGCCCGGCUUCCAGGCCCGGCCCGAGCACUACCCCAGCCGCCAGCAGCAGCUCCAUUUCAUCCGGCACUACCUGUGGGAGCGCCCGGGCGGGCCGGGACCGGCACCGGCCCCGGGAGCGGCCCCGGGAGCGGCACCGGGAGCGGCCCCGGGAGCGGGAACGGGCCCGGCCGGGGAGGAGCGGGCGCGGCUGGAGGAGGAGCUGCUGCGGGAGAUCGAGCGCUUUGCUUUGGCCUCUCACUUCUUCUGGGGGCUCUGGUCCGUGGUGCAGGCCAAGAUCUCCACCAUCCGCUUCGGCUACCUGGAUUACGCCCAGAGCCGUUUCCAGGCCUAUUUCCAGCACAAGGCUCGCUGCUCCUGAGGGGAUCCCCCAAAUCCUGCCCCUUUGGGGGGCGUUGGGGCGGUUUGGGGGGCGCUUUGUAACGGUUUGGGGGGUCCCGCACAUUUUGGGGGCACCACAACGGUUUGGGGGUGCUGAGACCUCCCCCCCGGGUGGGGACCCCCAAAUCCGCACCCCUGGCCAGUAUGGGGGUUUUGGGGGGUUUUGGGGUGUCGCAGAGGGGCUGGGGGACCCCUGUUUGUACCACCCGCAGCUUUGGGGUCGGGGGGCUCCCGAGACCCCCCAGUUCCGACAGCGGAAUGUGAAACUCAGACCAAUAAAGCCGCGCUGGGGCCGGC